GUAGGGCCCAAGUGCAAAGGAAAUGUGGGGGAGAUGUCUCUGGCUGACACUCUCUGUACUGCUUAUGCUGUGACGCUCCCGAGUGUUCUCUGCUGCCGGGAACGAAGUUUAUUAAACUGGUUUACAGCCUGGGUGCCUGGGUCGCGGUGUUCCUGCUGUGCGGUCCACGAGGCGUCUGUCUCAAGGAGAAGACCCGUUGAACUGGCUCUGCUCUGAACGUUUGAUAGAUGAAUAAAAAAAAAUGGCAACAACUCCACCAGCUCGGAAACUUCCUGUGUGGAUGAAUAUGCAGGAUGAGAGAGGAGCUAUAGAAGAAAAAAAGGCACCCAUUAAGAAGAGUGUUUUAGAAGAAGACCUUCCCUUCUUAGAAUUCUCUGGAUCCAUAGUGUACAGUUAUGACGCUAAUGAUGGUUCUUUACUAGCUGAAGAUAUUAGGAUGAGUCUGUCUGAUGGAGAUGUGGUAGGAUUUGACAUGGAAUGGCCACCAGUAUACAAUAAAGGAAACCUGGGCAGAGUUGCAUUGAUUCAGUUGUGUGUGUCAGAAAGCAGAUGCUACUUGUUUCAUGUUGCUUAUAUGUCAGUUUUUCCCCAGGGAUUAAAGAUGUUGCUUGAGAAUGAAUCAAUUAAAAAGGCAGGUAUAGGAAUUGAAGGAGAUCAGUGGAAACUUCUACGUGACUUUGAUAUCAAGUUGAAGAGUUUUGUGGAACUGACAGAUGUUGCCAAUAAAAAGCUGAAAUGUACAGAGAUGUGGAGCCUCAAUGCUUUGGUUAAACACAUCUUAGGUAAACAGCUUCUGAAAGACAAGUCUAUCCGCUGUAGCAAUUGGAAUAAUUUUCCUCUCACUGAGGACCAGAAACUGUAUGCAGCCACUGAUGCUUAUGCAGGCCUCAUCCUUUAUCGAAAAUUACAAGUUUUAGGUGAUGCUGUGCAAAUGUUUGCUUUAAACAAAGAGGAGGAAAUACUGCCUAGUGUUGUGAAGAAACAGUUGACUUCAAUCUCUGAAGAGAUGAUGGAUCUGGCUAAGCAUCUUCCUGACACUUUUAGAAAAUUGGAAAACCCACAGAGGGUUUCCAUACUAUUGAAGGAUAUUUCAGAAAAUCUGUUUUCAUUGAAGACAAUUAUAUUUAGCCCCACUGACACAGAAACUGAACUGCAACCCAUCAGUGAUUUUAGCUUAUCACCACUGGAAAAUCCAACUGCUGGUGGUGGAGUACCACAAGAACAAAUUAGAAAACAUAAAAUUUGUACUGAAAUUGAUGAGGAGAGAUGGGAUACAACAAUUGAUAAUUUAAUUGGAUGUGAUGUGGAAAAUAUACUUGGAAAUAAAGAGAAGCAAGAAGAAAAUAAAUUUGAAGAUGGAUUAGAAGAUAAUAAAUUGAUAGAGAAUACAAAAAGGACUUGUUUGAUGUCAUUAGACAUUACAGAAUAUGAACUCCAAAUUCUGGAACAGCAGGCUCAGGAAAAAAACCUGAGUGAUGUUAUUUGCAAGUCUCCUGAGCAAUCAUCUCCCAAAAAUAGUGAAGAAGAUAUUUCUUAUGUUAUUGAAAGUGAUGAAGAUUUGGAAAUGGAGAUGCUUAAGUCUUUAGAAAACUUAAAUAGUGACACAGUAGAUCCAAUUCAUUCAAAAUGCAAAGAAAGGGAAACAAAUCUGGGUCUUCCUUCUGAACAACAUGAAGAUAAGAAUGAAGCUAUUGAAGAGGAAGAAGAUGAAGAAGUUGAGUAUGAAGGUAUUGAAGAGGAAAAUGAUGACGACCGUUCACUGCCGGGUCCUAAUGCAGAGCAAAUUACUUGCCUCAAGACCUACUUUGGCCAUUCUAAUUUUAAGCCGGUUCAGUGGAAAGUUAUUCAUUCUGUUUUGGAAGAAAGAAGAGAUAAUCUUGUUGUCAUGGCAACUGGAUAUGGAAAGAGUUUGUGUUUUCAGUAUCCGCCUGUUUAUGUAGGCAAGAUUGGCAUUGUCAUUUCUCCUCUUAUUUCUUUGAUGGAAGACCAAGUGCUCCAACUUGAAAUGUCUAACAUUCCAGCUUGUUUUCUUGGAUCAGCACAGUCAAAAGAUAUUUUAAAGGAUAUUGAAUCAGGCAAAUAUAGGAUUAUAUACCUAACUCCAGAAUUCUGUUCCCAUAACUUGGACCUACUCAAGCAACUUGAGGCUAAUAUUGGUAUCACACUUAUUGCUGUGGAUGAGGCUCAUUGUGUUUCUGAGUGGGGACAUGAUUUUAGAAAUUCUUAUAGGACUCUCAGCUCUCUAAAGGAAGUACUCCCAUUGGUUCCAAUUGUUGCACUCACUGCUACUGCACCUUCUUCAAUCAGAGCAGACAUCAUACAGUGCUUAAAACUGAAGGAUCCUCAAAUUACCUGCACUGGUUUUGAUCGACCAAACCUGUAUUUAGAAGUUGGGCGAAAAACAGGAAACAUCCUUGAGGACCUGAAACAAUUUCUUGUUAGAAAGGCAAGUUCUUGGGAAUUUGAAGGUCCAACUAUCAUCUAUUGCCCUUCUAGAAAAAUGACAGAACAAGUUACAGCUGAAUUUAGGAAACUGAAGUUAGCCUGUGGAACAUACCAUGCAGGCAUGAGUAUUACAUCACGGAAAGAGAUUCAUCAUAAAUUUAUGAGAGAUGAAAUUCAGUGCAUCAUCGCUACUAUAGCUUUUGGAAUGGGCAUAAAUAAAGCUGACAUUCGUAGAGUCAUUCAUUAUGGUGCCCCUAAGGAAAUGGAAUCAUAUUACCAGGAGAUUGGUAGAGCUGGCCGUGAUGGACUUCAAAGUUUUUGUCAUGUACUCUGGACUCCGGCAGACAUUAACUUAAAUAGGAUUCGCCUUGGUAGGAUACAAAAUGAAAACUUUCGAUUGUACAAAUUAAAGAUGAUGAUGAAGAUGGAAAAAUAUCUUCAUUCUAAGAAGUGUAGGCGACGAAUCAUCUUGUCUCAUUUUGAAGAUAAACAACUCCGAAAGGCCUCUUUGGGUAUAUUGGGAACUGAAAAGUGCUGUGAUAAUUGCAGGUCCAGAUUAGAUCAUUGCACUUUAUUUGAUGACUCAGAAGAGACACUACAAAACUUUGGCCCACAAGCCUUCCAGCUGUUAUCUGCUGUGAACAUUUUAGGAGAAAAGUUUGGAAUCGGGCUUCCAAUUUUAUUUCUCCUGGGAUCUAAUUCCCAGCGUCUUGAAGAUAAGUAUCGCCGUCACAGUUUGUUUGGUUCUGGCAAGGACUAUACCAAGAGUUGGUGGACGGCUCUUUCCCAUCAACUGCUGACUGAGGGAUUCCUGGUAGAAGUUUCUGGAUACAGCAAAUAUGCAAGGAUUUACAAAAUUGCAGAAAAGGGUAGAAACUGGUUUGAUAAAGCCAAAUUAGAAUCUCCUCCAGAACUUCUCCUUCAGGCUAAUGAAGAAUUAUGUCCAAGGAAGUUUCUUCUACCAAGUUCUAAAACUGUUUCUCCAGGAAUUCAACAUUCCUCUAUUCAAGUACCAAUUAAAUUAACUUCAAAGGAUAAGCAGCCAAACUUGGAGAAGAUGUAUUCUUACAAUACAUUUGAUAAACUUUCUUCUGGAAGCAACAGUUCAGAAAAAAGUAUCAUGAUGCAGUCAUCAGGAAAAUAUUACAAGUUUGCUGAACCUGUUAUCUCUGCUCAAGAGGAGAAGACUCAGACUAUGUUAUAUGGCAAAUUGGUAGAAGCUAGGCAGAAACAUGCCAAUAAAAUGGAUGUUCCUCCAGCUAUUCUGGCAACAAAUAAGAUACUGGUGGAUAUGGCAAAAAUGAGACCCACUACGGUUGAAAAUGUUAAAAGGAUUGAUGGUAUUUCCGAAGGCAAAGCUACAAUGUUGGCCCCUCUGUUGGAAGUCAUCAAAUAUUUCUGUCAAACGAGUAGUAUUCAGACAGACCUCUUUUCAAGCACAGAACCUCAGGAAUGGCAAAAGAAGAGUCUGGUGGUGAAUAAUGAAGCCUGCUCACUUUCAGAUUCUAUGGCCAUUACAUAUUCUUUAUUCCAAGGGAAGAAAAUGUCUUUGAAGAACAUAGCUGAGCAUAGAAUCCUGCCUCUUACAGCAGUUGGCAUGCACUUAUCCCAAGCGGUGAAAGCUGGCUACCCCGUCGAUACGGAGCGGGCAGGCCUGACUCUAGAGGUUCAGAAGAUUAUUGCUGAUGUUAUCCGAAACCCUCCCAUUAACUCAGAUAUACACAAAAUGAAGCUAAUUAGAAUGUUUGUUCCCCAAAACAUUGACACAUACCUUAUCCACAUGACAAUUGAGAUGCUGGGAAAAGAUUUUCACAAUAGACUGUUAUGUCAACCUUCUUGUGAUUCAAAAAAAAAGAGAUGCCUCGUCAACUCUGAAGAAAGCUGUUCAUGUUCUAAGAGAAGCAAGGAAGAAAUAGAUGCUGAUACCAAGGUGUUAAUUGUUGAUGGGACAUGUCCUGGUGCUAGUUCAUCAAAAGAAGAGAUUCACAGAAAUUCAAUGAGACUGACUUCUUGGAAUCAGCCAUCCAGCGAUCCAGAAUUAGAAGAUUUAUUUACAGAUUCUAGUUCACAGAUUUCAUCUGAAACCUUAAAUACAAAAUUACAUGAGUGGCGUGCCAGAGGAAAUGAUGCCAGCAAGAAAUCAGUGGCCAAAACAAAAAAGGGGGGUCUUUUUAGUUAAUCUGGUAUUUGCCAGAGGAAUUCUGGAGUCUUGCUUUGUUAUAAGAUGGGAGUUUUAUUUCAUUUCUGAAAGAAGUAAUAUUUCAACUUAAGAAUUAUUCUAGUCUCAUUAAAACUCACCUAUGUAUUGAAGGACUGGCAUUGUGUAAGAGCAUUGUACAAUUUGCAUAUAGUCAUCAAGAACAUGAGUGAGUAUAUAUCAUGGAGUAGAGUAUUAAAUUUAUUUCCUGCAAAAUUGUUUCAUGAGAUUGUACUACUGCCCUUUUUUCUAGUUUAUCUAACAUAUAUCUGUAAAAUGUGUGAUUUGAUAUAGAUGCCAGAUUAGUUAUUCUGUGAUGAUUGUAUGUAGUAUAUAGUCCUGUAUUAUCAGAAUUCUGUCUUGUAAAUGAAAAAAGCAUAGCUGCUUUCAAGUUAUUUUUACUAUUUCUUUAAAGAAGCUCUUGUACACAUUGUUAAAUGGUGUUAGUGAAACAGACCAGUGAAAGUGAAAUAAAAUUUCGGGCUCCAAGUUAAGUAGGGAAAAAGAAUAUAACAAAAGAUAUUAGUUGCACUAGGUCACUAUGCACUCUAUUUCAUAAACUGCUACUAUUAUUUUUCAGUAAAACAAUUUCCUUCAUAGUGAGUAAUAUGAAUAUAUAUACACACUUAUUUUAAUUUUUAUUUACUUAAUUAACAUACGUUUAUUUUGUAGGGGGUAAGAUUUUGAUAUUGUUAUCUCUUUAUAUUGCACAUAUAACAAAUAUUUAAAAUAUAUACUCUGACCAGAGUUGGUGAUCCACAACUAAUGAUUUUUAAGCAAUUCACGGUGUAGCCUUUUGAUGUUUUGCAAAUAAAAACAAUUUGUUAAUAAAGAAGAAAUAUUUAGUAAUAUCAGUAUAUGUGUUAAAAAACCAGAAAAAUAAACAGAAGAAAAUAGAAAUACCAAUAGUUCCAUCAGUAGAUAAACCAGUUAACUACUUUUGUAUCUCUUGCCAAACUUCUUUCCAUUUUCUUUCUUGGUUUGUUUUGUGAAUAAGAUAUCAAUAGGUUUUCUUCGUAAAACAUUCAAACUACAUUUAAAAUAAUAAAGUUUUUCAUAUUCUAACUUCCCCUUACCCUAUUAUUAGCCUUACUCCAGAAGGUAACACUGUUAAAUAUUUAUAGUGUUAUAGUCAUUUUUCUUUUGAAUACAUAUACAUAUGCAUUCUCAUUUUUUUUAAUAAAAAUGGGAACAUGAUAUCUGUA